AUGCGACGUUUCGUGUUCAGAAGAUUGGGUUUGUUCAAAGAGAAGUGUGUUUCGCGUUGGAUUUUUGUAGCUGUUGUCAAAAAUCUGGCAGACAUGGCACUGAAAAGUCAUAAGAAUAGCAGUUAUAACCGAAGACGAACAAGGUCAGGUGUACUCAUGAAUAGUUCUGACAUUCUGAUUGUCUUCAAAACUCGGCGACGAUAUGCAACCCUGUUCCUCUUCUGUGAGAGUUGCUAUCCAAAUGUUAUCUUGUUGCCAUUUUUUAACCCUUUAGCGCGCUUUCCGAAGGAUUUAUUGGCUCUUGGCAACGGGUGGCAAGUACUGAUGACUUUGAGCAGACGAUUCUCUCUGCAGCGGCAGACAUCGCGUGAAAGUGACGGCUUGUGCAGUGCAGAAGCUUUUGAAAUUGCAGUUGAAAUGUCGUCUGGAGAGCCGUUGCGUUACUCGAAUAAAACACUCAAGGAUCAUCUGAUAUUAUCAGAAUACGCGCUUAUUUGCCAGGAGCCUGUUGAUGGCCUUUACAUAACUCCAAGCGAAAAAGAUGUAACAGUUUGGUUUGGAGUACUCUUUAUUCGUCGAGGAAUUUACAUGGGUGCCGUACUUCGCUUUACUUUGACACUUCCCCAGGAAUUUGGAAUGUCUGCUGAAUUACCGAUCGUCGUAUUCGACUUACCCGUUUACCAUCCGCAUAUUGACCCGCACACUCAUGAAUUGGAAAUAUCUCGUUACUUUACCGAUGGUUGGCAGCCUGAGAAACACCAUAUUUAUCAUGUUCUUUUAAUUGUUCAGAGGACAUUUUUCAGUUAUGAUGCAGAUAAGGCAACUUGCAAAAAUCCUGGAGCUGUUACCAUGUACCAAGAAAAUAGAGACGGUUUCUUGGAAAAGGCGCAAAGAGUCAUUCGGUUUUUUCCGUGGGAAGCCACUGUCCACGAACCAUUGCGUCAUCGACUUAGUGGAUGUCUUUCAGAAAGUCAAAUGAGUAAUUCAUCUUUGCUAGGGUCGCUGGGCUGUUCUUCGAAUAGCUUUUCUGCGUCUCGUGGCAAAAUGGGAUUUUCGUGGGUUUCUCCUGCUGAAGGUCUAUAUAUGUCAGAAAAGCCGCGGCUGUUAGACAGUCCAGAACUAGCUGGGUGCGAUCGAGACUUAUUCAAUGGAAAAUUUCGACGUCCACCUGCAUCUAAUGAAUGUUGUCUGAAGAAUGACGGAUGUUGUGCUACCUUAACUCACGGUUAUCUCGAUAAAAACCAAGCAAGCAGUGGAAGUAAAGUGAAAAAUUUUUUGGAACUAUGUGAGAAAGAGGAAAAGAACGGUUGGGACGAUUCCGAAACAGCCUGUUUAUAG